UAUGGACAUGGAUUGGAUUGGCAGUUUCUUCUAGCCAUUUAGCAACACAGAUGACAGGCUCCAGAGUCCUAAAUCUACAAUUCCCGCGGGUAACUGAUCUUAGGUUUCGUUCUUACCCUCUUUCUAAUCAACAUUCUUCAUCAUCUGCGCAUUUGAUUUGCUCUCCUACACGCCCUCCAAUUUCUCGCCUUGUCAAGGUUACUGCUGCGUCGUCAAUGGAGGUCGAGCAGGGUGGAAAAUCUGCGCCUGUUGGCAGCACACCUCCGAUGAAGCUCUUAUUCGUCGAGAUGGGUGUUGGCUACGAUCAACAUGGCCAAGAUAUCACGGCGGCUGCAAUGCGAGCCUGCAGGGAUGCCAUAUCUUCCAAUUCGAUUCCAGCAUUCCGUAGAGGUUCAAUUCCUGGAGUCACAUUUGGAGAGAUGAAACUACAGAUCAAGCUUGGAGUUCCACACUCUCUUCAACAAUCCUUGGAUAUUGAAAAAGUCAAGUCCGUCUUCCCAUAUGGAAAGAUUAUGAAUGUUGAGGUCGUCGAUGGUGGCUUAAUAUGCUCCAGCGGUGUGCAUGUGGAAGAAAUGGGAGACAAAAAUGAUGACUGUUACAUAGUAAAUGCUGCUGUUUAUGUUGGCUACUAAUUUUUGUUGCCUCAUAUUCGUAAACCUUGAGAAUUAUUCACCCCUCCUCGGAGACAGCUGAACAGUUCUAGACCAUGUAUUCGCUAGGUGCUUAGUCAUCUACGAUUGUAACUAUACAGUUAUCUCAGCUUGAUGUAUGCAUCGUUGUUUCAGUUUCCUUGGGGAUAUUGCGAGACCACAUAGUUAAUUCGUCUUUGAUUGUGCGCUCAAUUUUAGAUUUUCUUGAUUUCAACAUUCUGCAA